AUGGCGUGGAGCGGCGAGGGGAGGGACUGGGCCGCGGCGGACUCCGCGGCGGAGGGAGGAGCGCGGCUGCGGGCGGGCGGCGAGCGAGGCGCUCAAAGUCAGCCUCGCAGACAUUGCAGCAGAGCCCCGAACUCGGGAGGCGGCGGCGGCGGCGGCGGAGGCGGAGGAGGAGGCGGCGGCCGAGGCGGAGGGACGACCCGGCCCCACGCCCGCGCGCCCGCCCGUGGCCUCGCGUCCGCCGCUGCGCUCGGCAGCGCUGCCGGUCGGAGGGAGGAGCUCGCCGGGGCGCCGAGGGAGGACGAGGCGGCGGGGCGCCUUCGCGGAGGGAGCCUGCCGGAGCCCGGGGCUCGGAGCCGCGGCGGCCUCGGAGAGUGUUUGGAUUGUGAGCGAUUUAAGAAUUCUGUUCUCAGGACGCAUUCUAACAUUUGGGAGAAACACAUUCGGAAGAACACUGAUAUUUGCAUUUAUUGGGGAACAAAAGAUGAAGAAGGAGAAGCAGUAUAUUCACUAAGGGGUCUGUCUGCUUGCCGCCAUAGACCUGUGUGUGGAGGAAUUCGGCUGCCGCUUCUUGCUUGGGAGUUACCAGCUCUGCGGUCAGGCUGUGCUGGAGUCUGCCUGCCUUUUGUCUCGUCGUUGCCAACCAGCAGAAAUCCCAGUCGGAAUGGAACAGGACACCUCUGA